UCUCACUGCAUGGCUUCCCUAUACUUCCCUGGUUGUUCUCUCGCCAUGCUCUGUCUAGUCUUCCCUGUGCUACACCAUUGUGUGGGAGAUUACGUACCUCUUGCUUCCAUGCUUUUGGCUGGCGACAAUCAAUCAUGGGUCUCUGAGAACAAGGUCUUCGCAUUUGGAUUCGCUCCGACUUCUGAAGGUACUGGUGAUGAAUUCCUCUUGGCAAUAUGGUAUGUCAGUCUUCCUGGUGAUCCUACUAUAGUGUGGUCUCCUAACAGAGACUUUCCGGUGGGGAGAGAUGCGGUGGUGAAGCUGGACUCUUCUGGAGAACUCGUCCUUGUCGAUGGCAACACCUCGAUGUGGACAUCCAAUAAUUCCCAUUUGAAUGCGAACUGUGGAUUGAUGUCGGACUCGGGAAAUUUCAUCUUGUACACAGGCGGCAGCAGCGACCGCCGAGCGGUGUGGCAGAGCUUCUCUCAUCCCUCCGACACCCUCUUGCCCGGCCAGCCUCUCUCGGUCGACCUUGAGCUCACAUCAGCCAUGUCUCCACUCGGUUACUACUCGCUCAAAAUGCUUCAGCAGCGCACUUCCCUCAGCCUCGGCCUGACUUAUGUAUCCCCAACUCCGUCAUUAGCAUCUCAUACCAACUACUCUUACUGGUCCAGUCCGGAGAUAUCCAACGCCACAGGCGAUGUCGUCGCUGUGUUGGAUGAAUCCGGCAGUUUUGGCAUCAGCUACGGCACAUCUUCAGCUGGUACGAUGUACGUCCACAAGAACGACACCGGAGGAAGCCAAUCCGUUCCGCGUCGAGUGACGGUUGGGAUGGAUGGAAAUCUUCGUCUCUACCGAUGGGACAGCAAUGGUGUGGCGACGAACUGGGUGGUCGAGUGGUCUGCCGUGUCGAAUCCAUGCAUGGUGGCAGGAAUCUGUGGUAGCGGGAUCUGCAUCCUGGAUUCCAACAAGAACAGCGCAAGUUGUAGAUGCUUGCCGAGAACGUACCCGGUGGACGUCGGGGCCAAGGGUUGCUUGUCAAGCGUGCCGCCGUCAACACCAGCGAACUGCACUGAGAACAGGAAGACUCCGGUCAGAAUGGAGAUGAUGGCACAAACCAAUUACUACUUCUCUGGAGCUUCAACGAUCUCGAACUACAGUGGGGUGUCGAAGGCUUCGGAGUGCGCUGAACGUUGCCUAGCAGACUGCGAGUGUGUGGCGUCAGUUUAUGGGCUGCAAGAGGAGAAGACAUACUGUUGGACGUUGAAAAGCAUGGUAUUUGGAGGACUACAGGAUCCGAGUUCAACUCUUUCCGUGAAGGUUGGGAUCAACAGUUCAGGGACAGGGGAAUCAGGAUCGGCAGGGCAAAGUCCUGGUGAAUCAUCGUCGGGCCACCAUGUUCAUGUGCUGCUUGUGCCUUUGCUUCUCUGUCUCACUCUUCUGGUUGUGCUCUUAAGCAUGCUGUUAUUUUACAGCAUGCAGAGAAGGAGAAGGCAACGACAGCAGAGAAUGAUCGGCAACUGUAUGAGCCUCUCAGGAGCUCUUUCACAUUUCAGCUUUCAUGAUCUGCAGACUGCCACAUCCAAUUUCUCUCGAUUGCUUGGAACAGGAGGAUUUGGAAGUGUGUACAAGGGAGUUCUCAGAAAUGGGACUAUGAUUGCAGUAAAGAAACUAGAUAAGCUGUUACCUCACGGGGAAAAGGAGUUCAUAACAGAAGUCACCACCAUUGGCUCCAUGCACCAUUUGAACUUGGUCAGCCUCUGUGGAUUUUGCUCCGAGCAAUCGCAUCGGCUUUUAGUGUAUGAGUAUAUGAGCAACGGGUCGCUGGAUAAGUGGAUAUUUCCAUCAGCGCAGGACAGGCUACUGGACUGGCGAACUCGCUUCGACAUAGCCAUCGCCAUUGCUCAAGGGAUCGCAUACUUCCAUGAGCAGUGCAGGAAUCGGAUAAUCCACUGUGACAUCAAGCCGGAGAACAUUUUGUUGGACGAGAACUUCUGCCCCAAGGUAUCAGACUUCGGACUGGCGAAGCUAAUGAGCAGGCAACACUCGCAUGUAGUCACCACGGUGAGGGGCACGAGAGGCUACUUAGCUCCAGAGUGGGUGAGCAACCGGCCCAUCACCGUCAAGGCCGACGCUUACAGCUACGGGAUGCUGCUCCUGGAGAUUGUCGGAGGACGCAGGAACCUCGACACGUCUCUCGACGAGAAAGAGUUCUUCUACCCUGGUUGGGCUUUCAAGGAGAUGAUGAAUGGGACGCCUACAAACGCUGCGGACAAAAGAUUCAAGGGGAAUGUGGAAGAAGAGGAGUUACUAAGAGCACUCUGUGUUGCUUUUUGGUGCAUCCAGGAGGACGCAUCGGUAAGGCCUUCCAUGGGGGAGGUGGUGAGGAUGUUGGAAGGGGCAGUUGCUAUCGUAGCGCCUCCCAUGCCGCAGGCGGUGGUGGAGUUCGAAGAAGAAGGUCUGCACAGAGUCUACAGAGCAAUGAAAGGGAUUUACUAUGAUCUGACAUCGUCUUCCUCUGCAAUGCCUAGCUACAGAUCAUCGAAGGCCACGUGUAGUCACUCCGCCAUGUCACCGAGAUAAAAGGACUCCAAUAUAGUGGAAUUAAAAUGAAAUGAAAAGGAUAACGCACUACCAUGUGAAUGGGUCACCUGCACGCCACGUGAGAGACACGUUAAUCCUUUUUAUCGGUUUUUCGUAAUAAAUAA